AUGUUCGUCAUAUUGAGUUUUUUCGUACUUGCUCUAUUUUUAACUUACUAUAAAGUUAAAUAUUUUACGAUUCAUGGUUGUGUACCCGGAUUGUCACCACAUAUUUUCUUCGGAAAUUUAAUUCAAUCUGGUCUUCUAUUUUAUGAUCAAUCACCUCAAAAAGUCUUUUUGUCAUUUCGAAAACGUUUCGGUGAUACAUUUCAAUUUUGGCUUGGUCCGACUCGUGUCAUUGCUGUCAACAAAAUCGGUGAUAUUCAACACAUUUUUACUAAUCGUCAUAUUUAUGAUCAAGGCGAAAUAUACAUUCAAUUAUUUAGCACUUUGUUCUCUGAUGGAUUAAUUUGUCUUCGAGGAGCACAAUACAAACGACAUGCUUCAGUUACAUUGCCAUUAUUUCGUCGUAGUAAAAUAAUUCCACAUUUCGAUGUCAUUGUUGAUUGUAUUGAUAAAUUGUUGACUAAUUGGCGUGUAUAUCCAAGUGAACAUGUGCAUUGUGAUAUUGUAAAACAAUCUGAAAAUCUUAUGCUUGCUAUUUUUGGUUGGAUCGCUUUUGACUAUGAUUUGGACACAUUCGAUCAUGGUAAUAAGAAUGAAUUAACUCAAGCUUUAGAGAGUUAUUUGAGUAUACUUGAAAUGGUAACUUAUUCACCGAGAAUAUUUAAUCUGAUCUAUAUGAAAUUGAGUCAUCGACAUCGAGAAGUCAAAAACACUAUUGAACGAUAUCUAUGUCGUAUGAUUGAUAAUGAAUUGGAUCAAAGUGAAGAAUCGAGAAUGCAACGAAAGAGAACAUCAUUAAUUGCUUCACUGGUUGCUUCAUUACAAAAAGAUGAAUAUAUUGAAGGAAAAAAAAGCGAACAGGAAAGAACUGGUCUAUCUCGAAAUGAAGUAUUACAUGAAAUGCUCUUGUUUCUGGUUGCUGGUUUUGAAACAGGUGCAACUUCUCUAGCUUGGUUCAUUCAUCUGUUAAGUAAAUACCCUCAAGUACAACAGAAAAUUAAAGUAGAGUUGAUGAAUAACAAUGUCAAGCGAGAUUUAUCUAUAGAAAAACUUGACUCACUUGUCUAUCUCGAUUGUGUUAUUAAAGAAGUACUUCGUUAUUCCCCUCCUUUUACCGGUACAUAUCGUACAUUAACAAACGACGAUUGUUUACCAAUGAGUGGCACUCAAUUAUUUAAAGGCGAUCAAAUAUUUAUUCCAAUUUAUAAUCUUGCAGUUGACACUGAACUAUGGUCAAUUGAUCCAAAUCAAUUUUAUCCAGAAAGAUUUUUACAUCAAGAUCGACAACAUCAUCCAUAUGCAUGGAUUCCAUUUGGUAGUGGUCAUCGACAAUGUAUUGGACAAGAUUUAGCUAGAUUUGAAUUAAAAGUAGUUGCAGCAAGAUUAAUACAAUAUGUCACAUUUGGUGAUGGUGGUCCGGAAAAAAAUGCAGACGGACAUCUAGCUAGUGUCACCAUCAAACCUCGAAAUGUUGGAGUGACAAUUACCUUUGAUUGA